CUCACGUGUUUGGCCCAUUGUCUGCCCUGCCCCAUUUGGAAUGAUUAUGGGCUACGUGUUGCUGGAAAAACAACCUUAAAGGAAGUAGAAGUAUAACUGAGCACUGUGGAACCUGAAACUUUCAGCAUGUGGGAAUGGACCUUGUCAAACAUACAGGUGGCUGCCACUGUGGGGCUGUUAGAUUUGAGGUCCUGACUUCCCCAGACCUCCAUGUUUUCCAUUGCAACUGUAGCAUCUGCAUGAAGAAACAAAACCACCAUUUCAUGGUUCCAAAGAGUCACUUCACACUCUUAAAGGGGUUGGAUAAUCUUACCACGUACACGUUUAACAAUCAUGUUGCUCAACACACCUUCUGUAAAACCUGUGGAGUUCAGAGUUUCUACACGCCACGCUCCAACCCUGAUGGAUAUGGCAUCGCUCCGCACUGUCUGGAUCCAGGUUCUGUGCACAGUGUCACAGUGAAGAAUUGUUGUGGGGAAAAGUGGGAGGAAAGCAUACUAGCUCACGGGAGCAUCAGAGACAUGUCUAAAUCUGCAUCAGACACAAAAUGACACAGCUGUGAUACAACAAUCAAACAGUUUUAAUCAGUGCUACACCAGAAUUCCUGUAAAGUACUUUACCCACAAAAAUGUUUUUUUUUAUUUACACAGUGUAAUGACUAAAAAAAAACAUAGAAAGACAUUUCUUUGUCAAUCUCUCUUCAGAGGUUGUUUAUACUGUUGCUACUAAUAAAGGUCAGCUUUAUUUAUGGAAACCACCAGUGAGUUGGCUGAAAUGAUCACAUUAUUAAAUGUAUUACAUUAAACAUUAAAUAACAUA